GUUCACUUCAAUUAAAAUUGGUGCGACUGGCAGAUACAACUAAACAUCCAAAACAACAAUCUUUUACACCUAGAAGAAGGAAAUCCGAUCACUAGUAAUGAGCAACGAUAGCACCAAUCGUGCGAAGUGCGUUGGUUCGCCACGCGGUCGGAAAAGAAAAUCACGUUGGGGCGAUGCGGCAAGGGACAAAACAUCCAUCCCAGGUAUGCCAACAGUUUUGCCAAAUACGUUUACACCACAACAGCAAGAGAUCUAUGUGAUGCAAUUGCAAAUAGAAGAGAUCAGCCGCCAGCUUCGAACGGGCGAUGUGACGAUUCCUGAGAAAAGAUCUCCAUCACCGGAACCAAUCUACGAUCCUCAUGGGAAGCGGUUGAACACGCGUGUGAACCGUGCACGUGAAAAGUUGAAAGAACAACGCCAUCGAUUGAUUCAGCAGCUGCUAUUGAAAAAUCCGACCUUUAAGCCUCCAUCCGACUACAAGCCCCCAGUAGCUAUCUGCAGCGAUAAAGUUGUUAUACCGCAGGAGGAGUAUCCGAACAUAAACUUCAUCGGUUUACUCAUCGGACCACGUGGCAACACAUUGAAGGCAAUCGAGAAGGACACUGGCGCUAAGAUUAUCAUUCGCGGCAAGGGUUCGGCGGCGUCAUCCAAGGUAAAGUCGGUCAUCGCUGCCGAUGAGCCGCUUCACGCUUUGGUUACUGCCAAUACUUCGGAAGCGGUGACGAAAGCUGUCGGCCGCAUCCGGGAAAUUAUUCAACAAGGAGUUAAUGAACCGAAUCUUUCAAACCAUCUGCGCCGGCAGCAGCUGUUCGAGCUGGCCCAGAUUAACGGAACUCUUCGCCAACCGUGUGUGAGAAAGAGCUGGCCUAACACCGUGAGCAGUGUCGUUUGUCUGGCAUGUGGUGGUGGAGGUCAUAUAACGAGCGACUGUCGCACCAACAACCAACCCCACAAUCAGAACGAAAAACAACCAACGGGAGAAAAUGUUGUUCCGAAGUACGAUGAGCCGUAUCUGGACUUUUUGGCAGAAAUUGGUGAAGCACCGUCAGGGAAAAAAUGCCACCAUGGUGUUGCCACUCAAGAGACUGAGGCUUGUGGCAACAAUCCAACUUCUGCACAAGACCAAUCAAGAGCUGCUAGCGUACAACAAUCAGCGCCACUUACCCAGCAGGAAGAAUCCUCCCAGUAUCCAUCUCCGUACACGGCCACAUUCACUGACGCUACGGCAGCUGUACCAUCGCUGAUCAAUUAUAUGGAUCCACUAUUGACUUAUUACCCACAAAGUAAUGCCUCAACAACGUCCGAAGUUAGUGGAUGGACCAACGAAUGUUCAGUACUCGGGUCUUCACAGCACGUGCAACAACCGCCAUCUGAAACAUCAACUAGUGCUUUUAUGGACCUGGCACAAGGGCACUACUACUAUUGGCCUAAUGUACCGGCUUCAAUUAAUGAAUAUGGUACCGAAACUGUAAAUUAUCUCAAUCUCGGCUACUGGACUGCGGAAAAUGCAGCAACGUAUGGGUACUUCCUACCUCCGCCAGGAGAUACUGCUCCAAAGCCAUAGUUCCUAACAAAGGAUGGUUUUCACCGGAACAACGAUUACUGCGUACACUUAUCCGGUGGCUUUCCUUUUUUUGUUUUUAUUAAGGAUUCUGGUAGAUAAUGAGUGGUUUUAAACUUCAACUACAAAGUUGUAAUAAAACUAACAUGAACAGUGUAUCUAAGGUAUAAAAUCUCAAAAAAAAAAUCAACUUGAUUAAUUGUAGUAAAUAGAUAAAACACUAGAGAAAAACAAUAACAAUAAUACAACUAAACAAAUCGGGUAGAGCUCCUACCAGUGAAAUGUCCUUCUGCGGAAAAUGCGGUGUCCCCGCACACUCGAAAAAAAACGGCCACAAAGAUGAACUCAAAUCGUCACAAUCGUUGCUCUCAUAAAACAAAUUUCUUUUUCCCGACGCUACUUUGCACAAUGUGUGCAUACCCCCAGUACGGUAUAGGCCGACUGGUUGAAAAAUGGGGCUUUUGUGGAUGCCCCCGGGAAGGAUCCAGAUACUAUCCGCUUGCAACCGCAAACCAUAUGAAGAGUGUCACCGGCACGAUAUCACGAGCAAGCGUGGAGUUUUAUGAAUCACAAUAAAAUUAAAUUUGUCUUCAAUCCUUGUGCGCCACAGUGAAACAUUUCUUUCAGGAAAGCUCUUCCCCAGGCCAGGAUUGGUGGGAAUUGGCUGUACAGCGGUAGUGCUGACCUCCGUGCCUUCCUAUACAAAGUUGUUGUACUCCCGGGUGCAUUCCUCUUGAGCUGCUUUUAUCUUUCAUCCCUGCAACUACAGGGGAUAAAGGGGAUGUGCAAAUUGCGAAUAACAAUUGUACAACUUGUGCGUUUUUGCCCUUUUUUUUUCGUUGGUUUGUUAUAUUUCAAUGCUGCCUUUUUUUUUGCAUGUGGUGCAUGUCACAACAACUGUAGGUACACAUAUAUUCCCACAAAUAGCUUCCGGGAUUUUAUGGUGUACGGCGGUUGAUUGAAAUAGUUCCGGUACAAAUUAAAAGCUGCCCGUAGCCGUACGCUCGCUUUCAUGCUGGAAUCCUUUUCAUGAUUGGAUCGGAUUGUUUCAGAUUCCUUCAAUUUCAAAGAUAGAACUGAGGGUAAACAAUGUUUAUGUCUUUACAUAAAAAAUGAAGCACAUAAAUUUGAGAGGAAAUUUUCUAAUAAGAAGCAAACCAUCUUUAAUGACUUUGCAUGAAGCAUUAGUGAAACCAAAAAUCAUAAUUGCAGUUCCACCACUAUUUAAUGACUGUAGUGAACAAAGAGAUAAAGUAAGACAGUUAACAUUAGCAAUUAAAAGCCACAAAUUAAUUUGAUAAAUCCGGUGCGCUCGCGAAACGCAACUCACAGGCGAUUCAUUUUUGCCUCCAGAAGAAGCCUGUGAAACUUCUUUGUGCGCGUCGUGAAAACUUGCCGGCAUGGGGGUAAAUCAUAACUACAAAGACAAAAUAAUGCUCGAAUGCCGUGGAAUGAAGUAUCCGGAAACUGGGCCAUUACCAUUAUCAUCGUCAUCAUCAUCACCAGCACCAUCAUCAGCAUCAUCGUCAAGCCGCGCCAAGCUCAGAAAACUCGGGGAAGUCACAAAAGCAACCCUCAAGGCAAGAAACCAAGAACCUUUUGUUAUCUGUCUUGCAUUAAAACAAUAACGAUAAUGACGAUGAUGAUGCAUCACAAUCUUAGGGCGGGUGAAGAAUUUUGAGAACAACAAAAAAACUCCCGUUUCCCCCUAAGGAUUCUCCAUGCAACUCCUUUGAGGUCACAAAUGGCUUUCAGUUGCGGGAAGACGCAAAAAUGCAGAUCCAGAAAUCUCCUAGAGAACACGUUCCAAAACAGCACCGAGCACUGUGUGCAGCACACGAGCCGGAGUGGAAAAGAUUUCUCCAGCAUAGGACACGAGUUGAAAGUAAUUUUCCUUUGUCUGCCGCAUUAUACCUACCGAAUGGGAGCUUUGCACUUUCACUUGGGGUGGAGUAGCGCGAUCGGAGGGACGUGAGCGAAGGGUGGGGGAACUGUUGACAGGAUAUCCUCAGCAGAAGUGGCCAACGUUCUUGGGCGCAUCCGGGGCGGCUGUUGGUGUGGGAUCGUAAAAAAAUCCCCCGUAGUGCUAACACCCGGUGGCAGCUCCCGAGCUCGCAUCGGAAUGAUCGAAAAGGGUGGUUCGGUGCAAAGAAACGACAACUGGGAGGCACAAUGCAGAAGGUCAAAAGUUUUAGCAUCUUUGGCGAAAUGGGAAAACUCACAAGAAGUGUGGCUGAUAAGGCGUUGGUCUUCACGAUAUGUGGGAGCUAGCGAAAAGCCGAAAUAUUUUAAAUGAUACGUAAUCUUUCUAUAAACGAUUUAGAUUUAGCAUUAACUGACUUUAAAAUGGCAGAAAAUAUAUUUUAUUUAUAA